UCGUGCGCUGCACAUGAUCAGCCAUGCUUGCUAAGUCUGUCUGUUGGCUGUUGCUAUGGCUACGGAAAGCCAAUGGAACCCAAUGAGCUGUCGCCGCCGCAGCGCUGAGAGGACCAGCCAUUUUACUUAUGGAAAGCACUGUGUGGCGUCGAGCUUCGCGGGGGAAGAAGCAUUUAUUUCUUUGAAUCUUUUGAGAGGAGAGAGCCACAAUGGGCAUGCUAGCGCACAAUCAUUGCAGCCACGUGUGCCUGCGAGCUGCCCCUGCGACAAGCUGUUGACUGCUGUUGCAAUUAGCUGAUUGGAGCGCGGGGAAUGCAGGGUGAUAAUGCUGCGUAUCCGCUCGCGGGCAGCAGGAAAGGGUUUUGUCUCUGGGAAGGCGAGCCUUCCCCGCACAGUUAUCUCAGCAGCUCCCCAGCUGAGAGAACUGGGGCUCUGGAAAGAGGGUGUCGCCCUCUGCUAGCACGGAUCCUGAGCGAGGUUGCUGCUGCUGCUGCUGCUGAGGAGCCGCGGGUCUGGGAAAGCAGGUGUGUGCUCGCAUGGGCACUGGGCUGGAACGCAGGCGGACGCUCUCGGGUUCACCUGCUUCCUGUGAACAGACUGUUAGCUCAGAGCAUCUGCUCCAGCACGCUGACGCUGAGAAAGGGGCUCCGGGCAUCCCACUUGACUGACGGAGACGCUUGGAGUGGACUUAAUCUUAAACCUCUGGAGGUCAAGACCUUUUAAAAAAGGGCUACAUAAACAAUCUCUACACGGAAAAGGCCCCUGACUUGCGCUUCCUCUGUCGGAGCAACUGUGAAGUUCAGCCUCUUCAAGGAAAACUGAGGACUUUAAUAACAAACCUUUCAAGGUGAAAAUGAAUACAGAUAGCGGUGGGUGUGCUCGCAAACGUGCCGCCAUGUCUGUUACGUUAACAUCUGUGAAGAGAGUUCAAAGUUCUCCAAACCUAUUGGCUGCAGGGCGUGAUUCUCAGUCUCCAGACUCAGCGUGGAGCUCUUACAAUGAUCGAAAUCCAGAGACACUGAAUGGAGAUGCCACAUAUUCCUCUCUUGCAGCAAAAGGUUUUAGAAGCGUCCGCCCAAACCUGCAAGACAAAAAAUCACCAACCCAGGCACCUCUUCCACCAGGCAGGAAAGAGAGCUUUUGUCGGUCCUUGAUAACCAAUCAAACAAAGGGUGACAUUUUAGACUCAUUAGUAACUAACACAGAAAGUCCAUGGUGCACCGAGAGCUUUACUAACUUUAAACCUCUCCAGGGAGCUAUGCCUUCUAGUGAAGAUUCUAACCAGACAAUAGUGUAUUCUGAGGAAUCCAACACAACUCUGUCAUACACACAAAAAAUCACUAAUCCACUACCAGCAGCCUCCAGCUCCAGUCCUGCACCAUUUGGAGACAUUAACACCCCAUUUCUACAAGAGGACUACACGCGAGAUUCUCGAAGAAUUUCUACCUUAAAACUAACCCCUAACCAGGACCUAGGGAGUAGUUCCCCAUUUAAAACACCACAGUUUUCCCAAUCCACUGAUAUUCCAUCAUGUCUGAAAAGGUCUUGCUCACCAACCCCUAAGCCAGGACCUAACACACACACAGCAUCUCUUUCCAUUCAGAUAGCUCCCCAUUCAGGACAUGAUCUUGAAAGCCACCAACAGAUCCCUGAACGGCCUCCAGAGCCUGAAAAGAUACCUCUUCAGCAAGAGAGACAAACGUCUGCAGACGCCGAGACCUGUCAGUCCCCAGCGCUUGAAAAUCAGCACUUAACUGCCCGUGUGUUAGAGGUAAAUGCUUCACAGACACACAGAGGAAGCACGCCAGAUGCCUCUUCAUCACGCCUGUCUGUGAUCGCUUUUCACCGCCCCACUUUUUCACCAGGCAGUGGCUCCAGCCCACCACCACCACCUGAUGAUCUGGAGCCUUCCUGCCUGCCUUCAGCCCAGGGCCUCUGUUUAUAUACACAUCCUUUCCUAGCCAAGAACAGCCUUAUACACAGCCAUGCCACAGGCUCUCUCAGGACAGACUCUUCCCUGAGCAAGCACUCCUCCCAAUCUGAGAGUGAGUCCUCCACAGCCCUUCUGGCUGAACUUCAGCUGGGAAACUCUGACACUACUGACUGCUCUGAGACACCAUCCCCAACGUGGGGUCAGAGAUCUGCUGUGACAGAUGGCAUCACCUUAGCGACCCCUGCUGCCACACACAGCCAGAUAACCAUCAAUGGCAACUCUGGUGGCGCUGUGAGUCCAGUGAGUUACUAUCAAAGGCCGUUUUCCCCUUCCGCAUACUCCCUUCCAGCCUCACUCAACUCCAGCAUUAUCAUGCAGCAUGGCAGAUCACUGGAUUCUGCAGAGGCAUAUUCCCAGCAUGCCCAGUCUCUGGAUGGCACCAUGGGAGGCUCCAUCCCACUCUACAGAUCCUCAGAGGAAGAGAAGAGGGUAACAGUGAUCAAAGCCCCUCAUUACCCGGGGAUCGGCCCUGUGGACGAGUCCGGCAUCCCCACGGCCAUUAGGACGACAGUGGACCGGCCGAAGGACUGGUACAAGACAAUGUUCAAACAAAUUCACAUGGUACACAAGCCAGAUGAGGACUCAGACAUGUAUAAUACUCCUUAUACAUACAAUGCAGGUCUGUACAACUCACCCUACAAUGCUCAGUCUCACCCUGCUGCGAAGACCCAGACCUACAGACCUCUUUCCAAAAGCCACUCAGACAAUGGCACGGAUGCUUUUAAGGAGGCGCCAUCCCCAGUGGCUCCCCCACAUGUUCCACCACGACCAAGAGAUCAGUCUUCAACAGAAAAGCAUGACUGGGACCCUCCAGACAGAAAGGUGGACACCAGAAAAUUCCGAUCGGAACCAAGGAGCAUUUUUGAAUAUGAGCCUGGGAAGUCGUCCAUUCUGCAGCAUGAAAGACCCCCCCCUCUCCCAACAACUCCGACACCUGUUCCCAGGGAACCCAGCCGGAAACCUCUCUCGGUGUCGCCCUCAACAGAUGGCCUGCGUAGCCCUUCCCCUCCGCCCCGGAGCUGUGUCCCCGCACCCCGUCAGAGUCCGAGCGCCCCAGCUCUCUCUCCCACCCGGACUGGUCGCAUAAAUCCAGAUGACAUAGAUUUAGAAAAUGAGCCCUGGUAUAAAUUCUUUUCAGAACUGGAGUUUGGACGUCCGCCUCCUAAAAAGGCUCUGGAUUAUGUUCAAGAUCAUUCUUCCGGUGUUUCCAAUGAGGCCUCCAUCUACCAGCCCUCCAUUGACAGAAGCCUGGAAAGGCCCAGUAGCUCUGCAAGCAUGGCUGGUGACUUCAGGAAACGGAGGAAGAGCGAGCCUGCAGUGGGCCCACCCAGAGGCUUGGGGGAUCAGAGUGUGAGCAGGGCCAGCCCUGGCCGGGCAGACCUCCCAGGAUCGAACUCCACAUUUACGAAGUCUUUCAUUAGUUCCUCUCCUUCCUCUCCCUCAAGAGCCCAAGGUGGGGAUGAUGGCAAAAUGUGCCCAUCCCUUUGCGGUUACUCGGGGCUCAAUGGCGCCCCCUCUAGUGAGUUAGAGUGCUGUAGUGCGUAUAGACAGCAUUUGGAUGUCCCCCGGGACUCUCAAAGGGCCAUCACCUUCAAGAAUGGCUGGCAAAUGGCCCGGCAAAAUGCAGAGAUCUGGAGCAGCACUGAAGAGGCUGUGUCCCCAAAAAUCAAGUCACGGAGCUGUGAUGAUCUCCUGAAUGACGACUGUGACAGCUUCCCAGAUCCUAAAGCCAAGUCAGAAAGUAUGGGUUCUCUGUUAUGUGAAGACGACUCCAAAGAGAGCUGCUCCAUGGCAUGGACCUCCCCCUACAUCCAGGAAGUCUGCGGUAACAGUAGAUCUAGAAUCAAACACAGGUCGGCCCAUAAUGCCCCGGGCUUCCUCAAAAUGUACAAGAAGAUGCACCGCAUCAACCGCAAGGAUUUGAUGAGCUCGGAGGUAAUCUGCUCCGUGAAGUCCAGGAUCCUGCAGUAUGAGAAGGAGCAGCAGCCUCGGGGUCUGCUCCAUGGAUGGAGCCAGUCUUCCACUGAGGAGGUGCCCCGGGACAUGGUACCCACCCGCAUUUCGGAAUUUGAAAAGCUGAUACAGAAGUCCAAGUCCAUGCCCAAUCUAGGGGAUGAGAUGCUAUCUCCCGUCACCCUAGAACCCCAGCAAAACGGUCUGUGUCCCAAGAGGCGAUUUUCUAUUGAGUCUCUGCUGGAGGAAGAAACUCAGGGUAGACAGCCUUCUCAGGGUCAGCGGAACUGCAAGUCUAAAACCCUGGUGCCCAUCCACAUCGAAGUCACCAGUGAUGAGCAACCCAGAACACAUAUGGAGUUUUCCGACAGUGACCAAGAUGGCGUCGUGUCUGACCACAGCGACUACGUGCAUGUAGAAGGGUCAUCCUUUUGUAGUGAAAGUGACUUUGACCAUUUUUCAUUCACAUCCUCUGAAAGUUUCUAUGGAUCCAGCCAUCACCACCACCACCAUCACCACCACCACCACCGACACCUCAUCAGCUCUUGCAAAGGCCGAUGCCCAGCCUCUUACACUCGAUUUACCACGAUGUUAAAACAUGAAAGAGCUAAACAUGAAAAUAUUGACCAUCCCAGAAGGCAAGAAAUGGACCCCGGCCUAUCUAAACUUGCAUUUCUAGUCAGCCCGGUGCCUUUCCGAAGGAAAAAGAAUUUGACUCCCAGAAAACAGCCUGAACAGGCAAAAUGCAAAGCCUCUGUAGUUGAGGCUCUGGACUCUGCCCUUAAAGACAUCUGUGACCAAAUAAAAGCUGAGAAAAGGAGAGGAAGCCUGCCAGACAACAGCAUAUUGCAUAGGCUUAUCAGUGAACUGUUGCCAGAGAUUCCGGAAAGGAAUUCAUCCCUUAAUGCUCUGAAAAGGAGCCCCAUGCACCAGCCUUUCCACACACUGCCUACAGAUGGUGCUAUUCAUUGUCCACUGUACCAAAACGAUUGUGGGAGGGUGCCUCAUAGUGCCUCUUUCCCAGACGUGGACACAGCCAACAUCAGCUACCACACACAGGACUACGACCAUGAGUCCCCUAGAAGUUACUCAUCUACUUUGACUGACUUGGGAAGAAGUCUAUCACGGGAACGAAGAGGAACUCCAGAAAAAGAGAAAUUGCCUGCAAAAGCUGUCUAUGAUUUCAAAGCUCAGACAUCUAAGGAGCUAUCAUUUAGGAAAGGAGAUACAGUCUACAUCCUCAGGAAAAUUGACCAGAACUGGUAUGAGGGGGAGCACCAUGGAAGAGUGGGCAUUUUUCCAAUCUCCUACGUAGAGAAGCUAACACCUCCAGAAAAAGCGCAGCCUGCCAGACCACCGCCCCCAGUCCAGCCUGGAGAGAUUGGAGAAGCCAUAGCCAAAUACAACUUCAAUGCAGACACAAACGUGGAACUCUCCCUGCGAAAGGGCGAUAGGAUUAUUCUUCUUAAAAGAGUUGAUCAAAACUGGUAUGAAGGGAAAAUCCCAGGAAGCAACAGGCAAGGCAUCUUCCCUGUUUCCUAUGUAGAAGUCAUCAAGAAGAAUGCAAAAGGUGCCGAAGACUACCCCGACCCUCCUCUACCCCACAGCUACUCUAGUGAUAGAAUUCACAGCCUAAGUUCCAACAAGCUGGCUUCCAGUGAACAGUCCUGUCUUCCUAUGUGCAAUGCUCUGCCCGGCACAGAGAAAGAAGCCCUCCAGGGGACUGGCCAAGAGUGCCUAUCUCUCAUAGACUGGUGUCCACCAGCAAACCCAUUGGCCCUGACACCAUCCUCUUUCCUUGACAACUUCUUGGUUGAAUUAGAGAAGUUCAGUGCUUUAACCUUACCAUCUGACCAGGCCAAAGCGAACACCCUAAACCAGGUCAUCCUUGAAAUUAAGGAGGAACCCUCUCACCUCCCCCUCUCACUGCCUCCAGCAUCUCUACCAGUCAAAUCACCUCGCUGUCUGUUACCGUCUCCUCACUCAAAUACCAACUCAGCUGGGGCCCAGAAUGAUCAUACGGUGUCUCUUCAGAAUCCCACAAUGGACACUCAAAGCAAAUUUAUAGAUUUGAAUAAAAAGAGAAGGGGCUUUUCAAACCCUACCAAAAUCCUUGAAGUCUUAGGCGAUAAAUUUGUGGCCUCUGCGUGCACCAACAUGGGUGCCUUGCCUAUAACUCUUCCUGCCAUUGGAGAGGAAGAUGAGGAAAUCUGUAAGGGGCUUGAAUACCAAAGAUGGCUGCCAAGAUCUCAAGAGCAAGAUACCAUGUGGUAUGACCACAAGAGUGCAGAGGUGACACCACAACUAUACAUCAAGGAAGAAGAAGAGGAGGACUAUGACUGCUUAAAACAUUCACUAGGCAUUCGCACACAUCCUAGGAUUCCCAAGGAAGACAUCAAUGCAGCAAAACCCAGUAAUGAGCCAUCUUCAUUUGCUUCGGGAGAUCGAACUGCUACGUCUUUCCCCAGCUGUCCAUUUCCCUCCCCUCCGUUUCAUUCUCCUAUGGCCUCUGUCUCUGACCUGGCCUGUGAGCUCUUUCAGCCCACCCAGGCCUCCUCACCUCCUCUCCUCCCCAAAUACCCUCAUCAGCAGGAGAUAAGUCCAUCAAAAUCCAAGGCUGAUUUAAAAAGCAAGACAUUUGUCCUGGGUAAGCCGCCUCGUAGCCCAGUGAUGUCUAAGCGGUCCUGCAGUUCACCUGACAGCAGUUCCCACAGGCCGCACCGUCCUAUGUUCACUCAUGAAAACAUUCAAGGUGGGGGGGAACCGUUUCAGGCUCUGUAUAACUAUACUCCUAGGAAUGAAGAUGAGCUGGAACUCAGAGAAAGUGAUGUCGUUGAUGUGAUGGAAAAGUGUGACGAUGGAUGGUUUGUGGGAACUUCAAGAAGAACCAAAUUCUUUGGUACUUUUCCCGGGAACUACGUCAAGAGGCUGUGAAUCACCUCCCUCCUUCUUGACUCCACAUGGCAGCAACACAUGUGUGUAACUCACCUGCAACAUCCCAGCAGGCCUGUCGCUGCCAUGCCUUACGGUUUCCCAUAGGCCAUCACCAGCGCCACCUGCUGCCACCACAUCACCAGCAGUGACUGCCGCUGGGAGCCUUGGGGAGGCUAGGAGCCUUAGGGAAAUGUGGCAAACUUACACCCACAUAAAUGCCGUUUCCUGCUUUCUGUCCUGAACUUUGAAACGUGUGUGUGUGUGGAAUCAGAAUGAAAGUCAUCAUACUCAAAAAGAGUGGGAUAGUUAAGGAAGGAGGAAGGAAGGAAGGAAGGAAGGAAGGAAGGAAGGAAGGAAGGAAGGAAGGAAGGAAGGAAGGAAGGAAGGAAGGAAGGGAGGGAGAAGAGACUCCAGGAGGCUGUCUGGUCUCAUGGCUGUAGGUCCACCUCUCUGGAAGGUGUUCUGUCCUCAGGAAGCCAGUUUUCUGAAAUGCUGUGGUUUGCAUUUUCACUUUCAGCUUGGCCGUAUAUUUUCCUUUCACAAGUUUGCCUAGUGCCCUGGGUUUACACUAUAUAACAACUAUGCUUCAGCUAUUGUUUGCCUGCACUUACUAUAUAUUGUUUUAUGCACAGUGAUUAUAAAAUCUAGAGUGAGUAGGAAAGUUAAUAGGGAUGGGUGUGAUUUUUGUUGAUUGCAUUAAGUUUUCACCUAGGAGUCUUUCCUGCCCAUUUGUGUGUGUGUGUGUGUAUGUGUGUGUGUACUUACUAGAAGUGCAAACAGUGAGUGAUUAAGAGCCAUUGAUCACUACUAUGACUAUCAUGAAGGUUUAGCCACACUGCAGGAAAAAUCGUGUUGUAAAUUUGCAUUGCUGUUUUAUAUUAAAAUGUAAUCAUCAGCACCAUGAACAGUGAGCUCUUAGUGUUUUAUUUAUCUGUUAAAACUUAAAAGCAGUGUUAGUAAGAGAGGCAAAGAGAAGGAAGUAAUACCCAUAGGUAAGUUUCACUGUGUGUACACUUACACAUUCGAGGUUGUAUAAGGACAUAAAAAUCAUAUGCUAUGUUGUACAUUUUAUGGAAAUGUCAAAGAAUCCCACAUGAUUUUAUAGAGUACUUCAGGAGCACCCUGAGUGUUAAGGCUGGCUUUAGCAAGGACAAUGAUCAAUACAAUUAUUUUUACUACAAUAAUUAUUUUUCUUCUAUGGAACCCAGAAUCCUGACUCCAUUUGCAGACAGGAAUAUAUAUAUAUAUGUUGAGCCUGAUUUUUCUGGUAUGUGUAAAAUACUUCCUAGAAAUAAUAAAUUAGGCACUUUUAGAAACAAUGAUUAACUCAUUCAGGUUGCAUUUUCUGUCCCCAAACAGUUCUAUAACAUGAUACCAAACCUGAAAGAUUGAACGGAUUCACAGUGCCUGUGUUCCACAAACCCUGAGACUUACCUUUGUAUUUCGAAUGAAUUUACAUAAGACCUGUUUGUCUUUGAAUCUUUAGCACCUUAUAGACAAAACUUUUUAUGGCUUUCCUCCCAUGGGCAAUGCUUGAUCUCGUACAACAUGUAGACUCUAGCAUUUUGUACAUAUGUUUGUUCUUUUUGUACAGACUAUUUACUUGUUCAGAAAACAGGGGGAUUUCCAAAUUGGAUCGUUAUCCUUCACUUACACUGAGUUUAAACUCUUCCAGCAGAUCACCCUUUAUGAUAUCUUCACAGGUCACAGGCUAGCAUGAAUCUGGAAGCUAGCAUCUACACAAAAUUCUAUGAAUUGAAAAGAUCUUUGUAGCCAAUCUGAAAUGCACAUAAAUAUUGCUUACAGAGGAACGUCAUUUACAGGGUGGGGGGAACACCUUUGAGAAAGUCACUUUACUAUCCAGUUCACAACCAACUUUAUAUUAGAAAAACUAAACUUGGGAUUGGAAAUCAGCCAGCCACAUGCAGCUGAAUGAAUACUACUUUUUCACACCGUUUAUGAAAACAAAUCUUCAACUCCGUUGCCUGUCAUAUUUAAGAAAAUUUGCUGUUUCUACUCUCUGUAUCUGAUUUUAAAAGGAAAAAAAAAAUAUUCAGACCUGGCUUUCAGGUCAUUGACUUUGAAUUCUUACAAGCAAAGGUCAUUGUGUUUUUCUUGAGUAGAUAACCUAAUAAAUUUUGCUUGAAAGUAC